GAUCAGUAAAGUAGGAAUCUUUAAUACCGUUAAAAAUACCUUAAUCGUUUCUUAUGGUAAUUUCAUUUUUUUCUUCCUAAUGCUACAUAUGUGCAAUUCUUCUAAUCAACGAAAAAUAAAAGCUCGUGAUUAUUUCUUAUCUUAUAUCAGUAGAUUUAGUAUAUCGACAAUAUUCGUUAAAAGAAUCUUGAGUAUAAAAGUAGAAAUAUGAAUUCGAAAAAAAGUCCUCGGAUUCUCUCGAUCCAAAGUCAUGUAGUUUCAGGAUAUGUUGGUAAUAAAAGUGCUACAUUUCCUCUGCAAUUAUUGGGCUUUGAAGUAGAUGCCAUCAACUCUGUUCAAUUAUCAAAUCAUACAGGAUAUAAAGUUAUUAAAGGCCAAGUACUUAAUGAUAAAGAUAUAGAUGAAUUGGUAGAUGGUUUGGCGGAAAAUAAUUUGAAUCAUUAUACUCAUCUACUAACAGGAUAUGUAGGAUCUGCAUCAUUUUUAAAAAGAAUAGCUGCACUGGUUCAAACUUUAAAACGCAAAAAUCCUAAUCUCAUAUAUGUAUGCGAUCCUGUUAUGGGUGAUAAUGGUCAUAUGUACGUUCCUAAAGAAUUAAAGGAUAUUUACAAAAAUGACAUAGUUCCACUGGCAGAUAUUGUAACUCCAAAUCAAUUUGAGACGGAAUUGUUAACAGGUAGAAGCGCUAAUAGUUUAAAUGAGUUGCAAACUAUUAUAAAAGAGUUACAUAAAAUGGGACCACAAACUGUAGCCGUAUCAUCUGUAGAAAUGAAUAAUAGAGUAAUAGCAGUAAUCAGUUCAUUGAAAGAUGAUAUAUUGCUUAAAAUUGAUAUUCCAAAGAUACCAUCAACCUUUACUGGUUCUGGUGAUUUAUUUGCUGCUUUAUUUCUCGCUCAUACAUAUCUACAAGAGGAUAUCAAAACUGCCACUGAAAAGACAAUAAAUUCUUUACAAGGUGUUCUUUGUGAAACUUUUAAAUCAUUCCAAGAAUAUAAAGACGAUGGGGCACAAUUUGCACAAAAAAUAGAAUUACGCUUGAUACAAAGUAAAAGGCACAUAGAAAAUCCAGAAAUUAAAUUACGUGCUGAAUUUCUAUGAUGACGAAUUUAUUACAAAGAAUAAUUGAUUCGUGAAAAAGUUGAGUUGCUGGACUGACUGGACAGGAACUCGAAACCAGGGAUCUUUUACUUUCAAGUGACUGCUCUUAUCCAUUGAGCUAUCCAGGGCCAACCGUCCAAUCCUUUCACAAAUGUCUAUUUAAUAGAUUUGGCAUGAAGGCACUCGUCCCAUGAUCUACUGUCUCUUUAAAAGGUAAUAAACAACCUUGCCGAUCCUUUUAGCAUACGUUUUCCGUACACAGAUUUAUACAACUCGUUCCAACCCAACAAUGCGCUGGUAUCUUUAAAGUCGUGGAUCCAAUGAUUUACUAAUAGCUUAUCGUUUCUACUGAAGUAUAAAAAGUUGUCUUCACAUUAUUCAUCUUCCAUCGCAUUCUUUAAGCGAUUUCUUAACGCCUAUUUGUUGCCUAACGUAAAUAAUCUUAAUUUCUUUAAUUUUGCCUUCCUUAAUUCUAUUAAUUUUAUUAAAUUGAUCUGUUC